UGCGGCCCAACGGGCCCCCGCAGCCUGGCCGGCCCUCGCCUGGCGGCGGCGACUUCUACGACGUCGCCUUCAAGGUCAUGCUGGUGGGGGACUCGGGCGUGGGGAAGACCUGCCUGCUCGUGCGCUUCAAGGAUGGGGCCUUCCUGGCAGGGACCUUCAUCUCCACUGUGGGCAUCGACUUCCGGAACAAAGUUCUGGAUGUGGAUGGCAUGAAGGUGAAGCUGCAGAUCUGGGACACGGCUGGCCAGGAGCGGUUCCGCAGCGUCACCCACGCUUACUACCGCGACGCCCACGGUGAGCUUGUGGGCGCGGGACGCCAGCCCCAGGAAGCGGAGGCUGUGCUCCGUGGGUGCCCUGGGAGUGAGCAUGGCAGGCCGGCUGGAGGCUGUGGGCGCCAGGAAGCUGUCCUCACUGGCCCUCUGCCCCCAGCGCUGCUACUGCUCUAUGAUGUCACCAACAAGGCCUCCUUUGACAAUAUCCAGGCCUGGCUGACCGAGAUCCAGGAGUAUGCCCAGCACGACGUGGUGCUUAUGCUGCUGGGGAACAAGGUGGACUCUGCCCAGGAGCGUGCGGUCAAGAGAGAGGAUGGGGAGAAGCUGGCCAAGCUGUUUGCAGGAGUACGGGCUGCCCUUCAUGGAGACCAGCGCCAAGACAGGCCUCAACGUAGACUUGGCCUUCACAGCCAUUGCAAAGGAGUUGAAGCAGCGCUCCACGAGGGCCCCCAGUGAACCCCACUUCAGGCUGCACGACUAUGUCAAGAGGGAAGGCCGAGGAGCCUCCUGCUGCACACCCUGAACCUGGGAGGGCCCUGCAAGGCUGGAUGGAGGCUUUACAGGGACUCCUGGAUUUAGUCAUCCCGCAGUCAAUCCCAGGGUGUCUGAUCCUGGAACUCCCAGAUGGAGCCUUGCCUUUCCCAGAGCCUCAGGCCCAACAGGCCUCAAGGAGCCAGUGGGUCUGCACCCCUCUUCACCUGCUGCUGCCUGAGGGCCUUGAAGGAAAAGCAAGAGUCUCCAGUACAGGAGGGGGCACCUCACAAUGUACAGCCCACGUGGGGCGCUCUGCUGCCCCCUCCUGGACAUGCCCAGCUUCCAGGCUGGGCCACCGUUCCAGCACAAUGUACAGUGCCUAACCCCUUAGAGAAAGCCAUGUCUUCAGCUGCACACGCUGCCCAGGCAGGGAAAGGCAGGACUCCUGCCCGUGCCUGGGACCGAGGGCUUCACCGCAAACCAUACCAUGCAUUUGUGCCCCAAGGAUCAGAGCCACCUGCUCUGUGCUAACACGCUAGGAGACUCUGGUUCCAGCAUCAACAGGGUCUUCCUUUCAUGCUCCCUUGGAGGAUGCCAAGGUUGUGGCUUUGUAAGAGACGAACAGCAUGUGAGAAAUCAGAGAAAUGUCAGGGAAACUAGAACUGCCAGCCUCACCGAGGCCUGUACUUAGGUCAAGCCAGGGGGCUGGUAGUACACUUCACGUUGUUGUACUCAAAUCCUGAAGUCCGUCUUUAGAUUAAGAGUCUUUGUUUUCAGUCCUAGUGAAUAAAGUUGUGUUUUCCGGA